UGUUGGCGUUGUAUGCUGUCAGUUCAAACUGUGCUGCUCUGGUCGGCGGAGCUGCUGUUGGCUAGCUAACGAACUUGUGAAGGUUUGGUCAUGUUGGUUCACUCGCAGCACAUAUGAGAUUUGGAUGUUACAGCUGCUUUAUUCUAGAUUCUAACUCUAGACAGGAUUCUUUUCGACUACCUCAUCUACAAUUUCCAUGAUUUCGUCUAACGCGCUAGCUGAUUAGCUCGUGCUAAUUUAGCUAGCUAGCUACGUGUGUAGUUGUUAGCUAGACCGACGUCACCGGAUGCUUAACUUCCGCAAAUGGUAAAAGUAUCAAACUGAAAUUAAUCCGGUAAAUUUAAAUCGUACUAGAAUAAUGUCUCGGAGGCGUCUUGACAGUCGCAGUGGAUCCACAGGACUGCUGGGGGAAACUCAAACCCCGAUCAGUACGGAGCCUUUGGAGGGUGUCUACGAAAUAACCGGCGAGUUGGGAAGGGGGAAGUUUGCGGUGGUGAAGCGCUGCGUGGAGAAGGCUACGGGGAAGGUGUUCGCUGCCAAGUUCCUGCGGAAGCGACGGAGGGGGCGUGACUGCCGGGCGGAGGUGGUGCACGAGAUGGCCGUGCUGGAGGCGGCCCGCCACAACCCCCGCGUGGUCAACCUCCACGCCGCCUACGAGAUGGACCACGACAUCGUGCUGCUGCUGGAGUAUGCGGCAGGGGGUGAGAUAUUUGACCACUGUGUGUCUGAUGAGCUUCUGCCAGAGGGGCAGAUCACCCGACUCAUCAGACAGACCCUGGAGGGAGUCCACCACCUGCACCAGAGGAGCCUAGUGCACCUGGACCUCAAGCCCCAGAACAUCCUGCUGACCAGCCUGUCUCCUCUGGGGGAUAUCAAGAUUGUGGACUUCGGCCUGGCUCGCAGGCUGGGCAUGGUAGGAGAACUCAGAGAGAUCCUGGGCACGCCUGAAUACGUGGCACCAGAGAUCCUGAAUUAUGAACCCAUCACCACAGCAACGGAUCUAUGGAGUGUGGGGGUGAUCGCCUUCAUGCUGGUGACGGGCGAGUCUCCGUUUGUGGGGGACGACAAGCAGGAGACGUAUCUGAACGUGUCCCAGGUCAACGUGGACUACAGCAAGGACAGCUUCUCCAGGGUGUCAGAGCUGGCUGUGGACUUCAUAAGGCAGCUGCUGGUCAAGACCCCUGAGGACCGUCCCAGCGCGGCAGACUGCAUGGCCCACCCCUGGCUGUGGCAGCAGCAGUACAUGAGCCCUGAGCCUCCCGUCACGCCCAGAGCGUUCCGCGAGCGCAGCUCCGGGGUCAAGUGGGCAGCCCCGCCCGAGGACCGCGAGGACAAGGAGAACUUCCUGGACUCGCCGUUCGCACACGCCAAGAAGUUCCGCUUCGACGAGGACACGUCCGCCCCCGGCAGGGAAGGGGACUUCUGAGAGAGAGGGGGGGGGGGGGGGAGAGAGAGGGAGAGGGGACGUGGCAGGGUGCCUCGUUCUACCCUUCACACUUUUAAUGGUUUUACGUCCAUAGAAACCAGUGGCCACAGCUACCCACCCAACAGCACUUCAGGCCUGUUCUCAACCCUACCCUCAAUUGUGCAGAAGGAGAGAGAGAGAGGUAAAGAGAGAGA